ACAUGAACUAGGGCAAGCCUUAAUUCCUUCACCACCACCAACCCUCUCCUCUUCACUAUCCUCAACGGCGAAACCAUGUCUCGCCUGCCCGAACUUCCAGGCACGAAUCUUGUGUUACUCUUUCUUGUCGCCGUCUUCUCUUCCCACAUUUCCAGUGUGCAGGCUCAAGCAAUUAAAGGUGGGUACUGGCCUUCAUGGCGGGCCGAUACAGACCCUCCAUCCUCCAUCCAGACCUCAUACUUCACUCACCUCUUCUACGCCUUCGUCGGAUUGGACUCCACAACCUACCAGCUAACCAUCACGUCGACAGACGCUCAAUGGAUGGGCAACUUCACUUCCACCGUUCACGCCAAGAACCCACCUGCGAAGGCUCUUCUCUCCCUUGGAGGAGGCGGUGCCAGCCCAACCACUUUCGCCAACAUGGCUAGCAACUCCUCUAUCCGUGCCGCCUUCAUCGCCUCCACCAUCAUGGUCGCUCGUCAGUAUGGCUUCGACGGCCUUGAUCUUGAUUGGGAAUUUCCAGCUAACGCACAGGACAUGUCGAACCUCGCCGCUCUCUUCCGCGAAUGGCGUACUGCCUUCGAAAACGAGGCCCACACCUCCCGCCGGCCACGGCUCCUCCUUUCCGCUGCCGUCUACUUCGCUUCGAACUUUUUCUUGUCCGACGUCAAGCGGGCGUACCCAGCCGACGCUAUCCGUAGAUACGUUGACUUCGUGAACCCCAUGUGCUAUGACUACCACGGCUCUUGGGAUACUUCCGCCACUGGCUCGCACGCGCUGCUUUACGACUCGACGAGCAAUAUCAGCACCAGCUACGGCGUCCAGUCGUGGAUCGACGCGGGUGUGCCGCUGAGUAAGUUGGUCAUGGGCCUACCCAUGUACGGUCGUACCUGGAAGCUGAAAGACCCGAGUGCAAACGGCAUCGGAGCUCCGGCAGUCGGUGUUGGCCCUAGCCGGCCUGGCGAUAGUGGGGUCUUGCUCUACCAUGAGGUGGUGGAUUUCAACGCGGCCAAUGGUGCGACGGAGGUGUUCGACGAAAAGACGGUCUCCACUUACUCUUAUGCGGGAGCCGAUUGGAUUGGGUAUGAUAAUGCCACAUCCAUCAGAUACAAGGUCGAGUUCGCCCGGGCMAAAAAUCUAGGUGGAUAUUUCUUCUGGGCCCUUGGAUAUGAUAAGGACUGGACCCUAUCGAAAGAAGCUUCGAGGACGUGGGACAAUGGAAACUAAAAAGCUACACCAAAYUAUGAUUUCAGAAUCCUCUUGCCCUCCAAUCCCUUCGUUUGGUCAACCUUUCGAGAGACACUUAUCAGUAAUUUACGUGAGAGGGGGUAAUUUGUGUAGGAAUCAAAAAAAGUUUAUUUUCAUUACUUAU